CGAUUUAAAUAGCCCAGGCCCAAGGCAACCAGGCCGCAGCUGUGGGACUCCUGGCCUCCCAGUCCGCUCUGCUGGUGCAGGCCCCGCACUGGAGGGCUGGAUUGGUUGCCCGGCUGGCACUGACGUCCCCUUGGAGCCGGGUGGCAGCGGAGGUAAACAGCCAUGUGCAACCCUCCACCCUAUAUUUAACAGUUGCCGCGGAGAAGGCAGGGAGGCAGCCACGGUGGCGGCUGUGGGGGCAGCUCCUGUCUUCGGGGAGAAGGCCCUUGGAGCCCGGCUGGCAUCGGGCCUCUCAGAGUGAGCGAGGUCACCAUGCCAGCUUCCCAGAGCCGGGCCCGCGCCCGAGACCGCAACAACGUCCUCAACCGGGCUGAGUUCCUGUCCCUGAACCAGCCCCCCAAGGGGGCUCCGGAGCCCCGAAGCUCAGCCAGGAAGGCCUCGGGCCCCUCGGCACAGCCCCCGCCUGCUGGCGACGGAGCCCGAGAGCGGCGUCAGUCCCAGCAGCUGCCCGAGGAAGACUGCAUGCAGCUGAACCCCUCCUUCAAGGGCAUCGCCUUCAACUCCCUGCUGGCCAUCGACAUCUGCAUGUCCAAGCGGCUCGGGGUGUGCGCCGGCCGGGCGGCGUCCUGGGCCAGUGCCCGCUCCAUGGUCAAGCUCAUCGGCAUCACGGGCCACGGCAUCCCCUGGAUCGGGGGCACCAUCCUCUGUCUGGUGAAGAGCAGCACGCUGGCCGGCCAGGAGGUGCUCAUGAACCUGCUCCUGGCCCUGCUCCUGGACAUCAUGACGGUGGCCGGCGUGCAGAAACUCAUCAAGCGGCGUGGCCCGUACGAGACCAGCCCCAGCCUCCUGGACUACCUCACCAUGGACGUCUACGCCUUCCCAGCCGGGCACGCCAGCCGCGCCGCCAUGGUGUCCAAGUUCUUCCUCAGCCACCUGGUGCUGGCGGUGCCCCUGCGUGUGCUGCUGGUGCUCUGGGCCUUCUGCGUGGGGCUGUCCCGCGUGAUGAUCGGCCGCCACCACGUCACGGACGUCCUCUCCGGCUUCGUCAUCGGCUACCUCCAGUUCCGCCUGGUGGAGCUGGUCUGGAUGCCCUCCAGCACCUGCCAGAUGCUCAUCUCUGCCUGGUGAAGCACCCGCCGGCCCACACAAGGCUCUGGGGGCAGGGCUGGCCCUAGAGAAGGGGCAGCGGGUGGCGAGGCAGCGGGCGCAGGCGGAACAGAGCGGCCACCCCCACGUCGUUCUCCCCUCCUGGUUGGAGGCCGGUGACCCCAGGCCACCCCGCCUGGUGACGAGCAUGUUCGGCAGUGCUGGGCCUCUUGCCCCUCUGCUUGGACUCUGGGUCUUUCUAGGCAGCUGGAACUCACCUGUGGGGACAGCCCUAUUUAGGCUUCUGCUCUGGGGACAGUGGAAACCAGGAUGGUGGGAGGGGGCCGAGUCUUGUCUUGUCCUUUCAUCGUCAUGACUGUUGAGUUGUUGGCUGUGCCCAUCACGCCACAGCUUGACGCCUGCCAAAAUGCCCCCACCUACAGCCUAAUGCAGGCGCCAUAGCCAUUAACGGUCAUCGGCGGCUUAGGGCAGCACUUUCCAAAGGAUGCCCCGUGGGACACCAGCCCGCGAGAUGCUUUUGGGGAAAAGGGGUUUUGUGGUUCAAUAACUUUGGGAAGUGCUGCAUGCUCUGUCCCCAAGCUGGACAUUCACAAAGGCCGUUAUUGCCGUAAAGGCUCUGACAAGUCCUGUAGAAAAAGCUUCUUGCUAAACCUUGUUGAACCCAUGUUUCCUAAACUUAUUUGACCAUGGAACCCUCUUCUUGGGGAACAGCUAUUAACCCCCAAGGAACCACUGGUUCCUCAAGCGCAUUUUGGGAGCUGCUGUCAGACAGCUGCAGGGCCUGGGGCGUGAGCUGACUCUCCACCAGGGAGACCCAGUGCACACGCCACAGUCCAGGGAAAGCACUGGCCACCGCCCGUGGGCAUCGAUGAGGCUUUGGCCCCCAGGGGCCGGACUCUGUGUGACCUAAUAGGUCGUUUCCAAGUCACCCGUUACGGAUGUGCAUUUCAUGUGACAAUACAGAUGACAUGCAAAUGGCC